GACUGCCUGCCAUGGCGGAUGUUAGUGAUGAAGGAAAUGUGAACUUGGCUAACUACAUUCUGAACAAAUCUCAGACGCACCAGGAAGUUUGCAUUGAAGAUUAUUUGACUGACACGGACUUGAAAUUGCUCAUCAGCAACUUAGGAACAAGGAAAGUCACAGUGACAGAAAGAGCUGGCAACUUGAUUAGAAAUUACUUUGUGGCAAGCAGGCGAGCCAGAGUAAAUGGUGGGAGUACUAUUGAGCAGUGCUUGCCCAUCGGAGCUGUCCAGAGCAUGACAACUAUGGCGGAAGCGCAUGCAAGACUCUCUUUAAGGUCAGAAGUUCUUGCCGAAGACGCACUUGUAGCCAUUGCACUGUAUGAGCAGUCAAUGGUGACCCUUUAUGGACCAGCCUUUCAAGCACCCCCUCCGAGCUAUUUUGAUACUUCUCUGAGCUACGAAAAUGUUCAACAGAGUGUUGAUGACUACAUGACGACUGUGAUGGCCUGGGCUCAGAACUACAUCAAAUCUCUGAUCGGCAUUGAAGAAUGAAUGAUUAUUGAUCCAUUAGAAUAUUAUUUUUAUUUUUCAG